UUAGAGAAAAUGGAAAUUAUUUCAUCAAAACGAUUCAUUUUGUUGACUUUAGCCACUUUAAGCUUACUAACACCAAACAUCUUCUGUACAGAUGAAUUAAUGAUGCCCCAUUUUCACAGCCAAGAAAAGGAUGACAGAUAUCUCCAGCCUAGAGGAAUCCCAAAAGGGGAAAAGGAAAGAAGUGUCAGUUUUCAAGAACUAAAAGAUUUGGGGGCAAAGAAUGUUAUUAAGAUGAAUCCAGCCCCUGCCAACAAAGUGCCCCACUCGGCAGCCAACCUGCCCCUGAGAUUUGGGAGGACCGCGGAAGAGGGGAGAAGCCCCAGGGCUUGGGCCAACGUGGAGGCAGGGAUCUUGAACCACGUUCCCAGCCUGCCCCAAAGGUUUGGGAGAACAACAGCCCGAAGCAUCCCCAAGACACUGAGUCGCUGGCUACAGAGAUCCCUGCAUCCACUGGCUGCCAGUGAGCUGCUCCACGCCAUGACUUGCCAGCAUCAAGAAAUCCAGAGUCCUGGUAGGAAGCAACCGAGGAGACAAGCAUUCACGGAAACAGAAGAUGCAGAAGGGAAACAUGAAAAAUAGGAAGCCUGGAUCCCAUCCUUGAAGAUGCUAUGAAGCUGUGACCUGUAGCCUAGGCAGCUCUGUGGUGUUGACAAGGAAGAGCACCAGUUUUUCC